AUGACUAUCAUAAAACACCGGCACGACUUGGACAUCGAGGCAGUUCGGAAAGAGUUUCCGGGCCGAGGAAAAAGGGUCCAACCGCCUGAACAAUGGCUCCGGUGCUCUGGUGUACAAGGCAUUGUCCAUACCAUGUUGGCACCCCAUAUUGACCAGCGUAGUCUGGACUCAAAAACCAUGGUCGCCGUCAAGAAGCGUACGGCCCAGCAUGCGAAGCUGGCUGCGUUCAUGAAUGCGGGCCCUGAUGAGAUUGAUCAAAUACUCAAUUUUCCGUCUGAUCCCUGCCCCGCUGGCCUUUGGCCCCUCCACAACGGGUCUUUUGCGGAAUCUGGCCGCCCCCUCCGCCCAAGUCUGAAUGCAGACUCAGAAAUCGUCGUGUCCGGGCUCUGCCACGAGGCGGACGUCGCUGCGUUUGCUGCCCUGGCCAAGACUCUAGGCAUCUCGAUUAGGUGGUGGGCCCAGCCGGGGGAAUGGGAAACAACAGGGAUCCUAAGCUUAGCCUCGGCACCCUCCGACCUCCCCUGUUCCCGAAAACGCGUCUUGUAUGCUGCGGGGGCGUCUUCAACAUCACCGGAUCUAUUGAAUGGAGUAUCUCCUACAGGGUUAUCAGAUGCUAAUACCAAUGGCUAG